AGAAACGCGGUUCCUGGCAGAAAAUGGCCGACUGCGAGUGUGGAAAGAAUCUCCCUCGGCUUCAGGCGCUGUCUUAACGUGUCUUGCGUAGGAGCAUGCACUGCUGCGUUCCUUAGAGAGACAUAAUGUUUAAAAAGGCGAAGCGAGCUAACUUUCGGCGGAGGAAUGAGUCCGACGAGGACGAGCCGGACGAGGCUCGGCUGCCGACGCUGGCGCCGAUAUCGUUCGGGCCUGUCGCGGAGCAGAUCCCGUUUAUGGAGACCUCCAGCAACAGUGUUAGCGGAGCACCUAGCGGCACGGAUAACUAUCAUAGCAACGGGUUUCUGGCUAACAUGAACAGCGUAAGAGCUGUGAAGAAGGAAAAGAAAAGCAAAGAAAUACCCAUUGUACCCGCGCCGACGAAAGCCAGCUUGCUGAGUUUCGACGACGAUGAAGAUGAAUCCGAGGUGUUCAGAGUGAAGAAAUCCAAUCACAGCAAGAAGAUUGUCAAACAGCUGAAGAAGGAGUACAAGGAGGAUUUGGAGAAGUCUGGAACCGUCAGGCAGGACGUCAAAUCAGAAGCUACUCAGCCUGCAAUUUCUAUCAAAGAGGAAGUUACUAGCAGAGCUGGCAGUGAACAGGGGGAGGAGGAAAUGGAGGUGGACAGUGCUGAUGAGCAGGAGGAAGAGGCGAAGGGUCAAAGUAGCCAGGCACCCAGUCAAGUCUCCAAGAGCACCAAUGCUGGAGCAACAUUCAACACACUUUCCUCCCUCGGCAGCCUGAAACCAGGCGAGAUUCCUGAUGCUGCAUUCAUCCACGCUGCCAGAAAGCGCCGGCAACUGGCAAGAGAGCUGGGAGGUGAUGCCCCUCUGGUAGAGACGGAGACUCCUAAGAAACGCAUGGUAGGAGAAGACCAAGAUGCCAGCGACGACGAAGACGAGGAAGAGAAGAGGAUUCGCUUCAGCGGAGUCAAGAACAAAAGCCAGAGACAAAAGAUAGCUGAGGAGAUAGGUAUUGAGGGUAGUGAUGACGAGGCACUGGAUACAGGUCAGGACGAGGAGGUUAGCCGUUGGGAGCAGGAGCAGAUUCGGAAAGGAAUCAGCAUACCCCAAGUCCAAAGCAGCCAGCCAGAGGACAACACAGUCUACUACCAGAACAGUUAUGAGAGCCAGCCCUAUGGCUCUUCCUACAGCAUGCCGUUCACCUACAGCACCGUGACUCCACAGACUGUCAAGCCAGUUGGCCGGGCAGACAAUGGCUCUGUUCACUAUGGAAGCUCAAUUAGUGAUCUAACCCCGGUAUCCAUUGAUCUGGUAAAGAAACGCCUGCAGGAUAGGCUCAGCCAUAUGCAUGCAGGCCACAACGCCAACCUCAAGCGCUACAAACAGAUCGAAGAAGAUCUAGCUGCCUCUGAGAGCACCAUACAGCAGCUGGAGGGCUCGUCCAAUGACAAUUCAGAUCAAUAUAAAUUCUUGCAAGAGAUGCGAGGGUAUGUUGGAGACUUGCUUGAGUGUUUCAGUGAAAAGGUGCCUGCUGUCCUGGAGCUGGAGGCUGCCAUGCACCAGUUACUAAGGCAACGGGCCUCACGACUUGUCCAGAGAAGACAGGAUGAUAUUAAAGAUGAAUCGGCGGAGUUUGCAAGCCUUUCAAAUAAAGCUGUCAUGGCUCCUAAUCUAGACUCAUUUGGUCGAGACCGAGCAGCAUACCAAGAGCAUAGUCGUCAGAGAAGAAUAGCAGAAAGAGAAGCACGACGAACUCGGCGGCGACAAGCUAGAGAGCAGAAUGGAAAGCGGGCUGAGCAUAAAGAAGGCUUAUCAUCCGAUGAUGAGGAAACCUCAACUGACAUCACCAGCUUCAGCAUGGAGAGAGAUCGAAUCAUCAGGGAAUGUAAGAAAGUAUUUGAGGAUGUGGUGGAGGACUUUCACUCUCUUGACUGCAUCAAAUCCCAUUUUGAAGUGUGGAGAAGAGACUAUGCCGACUGUUACAGAGACGCUUACAUAGGCCUCUGUCUACCCAAACUCUUUAACCCUCUAGUCCGUCUGCAGCUGAUAACAUGGAACCCUCUGGAGGGACAGUGUGCAAAUUUCGAGUACAUGCUCUGGUUCGAGUCCCUGUUGUUUUACGGCUUUGAGGAGCACAACAUUUUGCAGAGAGGGGAUGGAGAUAUCAGCCUGCUGCCUGCUAUUGUGGAGACGGUCAUCCUGUCCAAAUUGACUGUGUUGGCAGAGCAAGUGUGGGACCCGCUGUCAAGCAGUCAGACAGCCAGUCUGGUGGGCUUCAUUCACAGACUAAUGAAGGGUUACCCCACCGUGCUGCAUGGGGAAAACCGAUACACACAGGAGCUUUUAAAAACCAUUGUAUUAAGGACCAGGCGGACUCUUGACGAAGAUGUCUUCCUUCCACUCUACCCAAAAAAUGUGUUGGAGAACAAGAAUAGCAGUCCCUACUUAUUCUACCAGAGGCAGUUCUGGUCUUGUGUGAAGCUGCUGGGCAACAUUCUGCAGUGGGAAGGCAUCCUGUCCAGUUCCUGUCUGAGGGAUCUGGCUUUGGACAGCACUCUGAAUAGAUACAUCCUCUCUGCACUGCAGACCACAGAUACUUGGGAGGAUAAUGUUGCAAAGUGCCAGAAGGUGGUGGAGUGUUUGCCAGCACAGUGGUUCUCGGGGCUGAAGGGCCAGCAGACGUUGCCUCAGUUGGAGCCACUCUGUCGCUACCUCGCCCACCUGGCCAACUCAUUGUACCGCAGUGGAAUGGGCACGUGUGAUGUGGAGCGGCGAAAUACCAAGGACCAAGUCAAAGAGGUUGUGAAGAUGCUGGGCCACAUGAACGCCCUGGACCACGUCAUCAACGUGGCAGCAGAGCAAGGCGUUAAAGACAUAAAACAACUUUUUGAAGCCAAGUCUUAAAGGAGGACAAACAAACAGCAGCGUUCCAGUGAUCUUUUCUUGUGUUCGGCACAUUUAAAGCAAUCAGGAUCAAUAAGUUGGAUCCCUGGACAAAGUGUGCAUAAAUCAAAUACAAUACAUGUUUCCUUUUUAAUGAAAGGAGAAGGUGAAAAAACCUUUGGUGUAAAUAUUGUGAAUAAUGUAUAGAAAGGUUUGCUCACACACCUGUUAAUACAAGACCGAUGCUGAGAUGAGGCCUUGUUAUUGUCAGCUCAAAACAACCACUGUUACACCACGAGCUGACGAUAUUUUAAAUGCAUAAUUUAUUAAGAGUAAACUGUUGUGACCUGGAUUAUUGACAUCUGAUCACUAAAUCAACAACCCCGGUAUCUGUAAAAAGAAAAAACAGCUUUACCACCUUGAUUUCCUCCUCCUGCACUUACACUAUUUCCACGUGCCAAAAAGAAAAAACUGCAUACUGACAAAGACUGACGCAACUUGUUUUUGUUCUUUGGUCCCCCACUUCAUCUCACUGUCACCGACAGACUGCCCCGAUGACUCUGCCAGAGCUGCGAGCUUUGUAUUUAGAUUUGUAAAACUUUUGUUUUAGAAUUUUAUUUGCCUGAAAAAUAAAAAUAUUCAUUUGAAUGAU